AUGGACGACGAUUUGUUCGACGUCUUCGACGACAAGCCCGCCAAGGGCAAGGCAGAGCCCCAAUCCUCACCUCCCGCAAGGGCUCCGAAGCCCAAGAAGAACAGAAAGAAGCGCAAGGCCGUUGAGGCGUUGGACAAUGGCACUGGCGCCGAGACCGUUCUCUCGGCACCUGAGCCCGAGGUCGACAUGGCCGAUGUAGCGCCUACCUCCCCCGAUGAGAGUGCCGACGGAGUCGACGGCGACGCUCAUACCGUCUCGGACGGGCACCAGGAUUCCAAGCGCCGGAGGACAGAAGAAGCUGCCGAGCCCGUGCUUACCGAUACCUUCGAGACGGCCGCCUCGCGUGAGGUCGCCGCUGCCGCUGGCUUCGCCAAGCAGGACGAGGAGGAGUCGCUGGUCCUGUCGCACAACAUCCAGCACCAGGUCGCCCUGCCGCCUGACCUGGACUACGAAUAUGUCCCGCUUUCGGCACACAAGCCGCCUGAGCAGCCUGCGCGUACCUACAACUUCACCCUCGAUCCCUUCCAGCGCCUGUCCAUCUCGUCCAUCGAGCGAGACGAGAGUGUUUUGGUCUCAGCCCACACCAGUGCUGGUAAAACCGUCGUCGCCGAGUACGCCAUUGCGCAGUGUCUCAAGAAGAACACCCGUGUCAUUUACACCAGUCCCAUCAAGGCUCUGAGUAACCAAAAGUACCGAGAAUUCAACGAAGCUUUUGGCGACGUCGGCCUGAUGACGGGUGAUGUCACCAUCAACCCGACCGCCAGUUGUCUCGUCAUGACCACCGAGAUUCUGCGGUCCAUGUUAUACCGCGGUUCCGAGAUCAUGCGCGAGGUGGCCUGGGUCAUCUUCGACGAGAUCCACUACAUGCGAGACAAGUCGAGAGGUGUUGUCUGGGAGGAAACCAUCAUCCUUCUACCCGACAAGGUCCGCUACGUGUUUUUGUCGGCCACUAUUCCCAAUGCCUUUCAGUUCGCCGAGUGGAUUGCCAAGAUCCACAGGCAAGCUUGUCACGUUGUCUACACCGACUUCCGUCCCACCCCCCUUCAGAACUACUUCUUCCCAUCUGGCGGAAGUGGAAUCUUUCUUGUCGUCGAUGAGAAGGGCGUAUUCCGAGAAAACAACUUCAACAAGACCAUGCAGAUGAUUGAGGAGAAGAAGGCAGCCGAUGUCAACGACGUGGACCCCAAGACCAGAGGCAAGGGUAAGCACAAGAAGCCCUUCAAGGGGAGCAAAGACGACAGCAAUGCCGACAUCCAAAAGAUCGUCAAGAUGGUCAUGUCCAGGGGGUUCAACCCCGUCAUUGUCUUCAACUUCAGCAAGAGAGAAUGUGAGAUGAUGGCCCUAUUCACCAGCAAGUUCAGCUUCAACGACGAGAAUGAGAAGGCCAUGGUUCGCAAGGUCUUCUCCAGCGCCAUAGAGUCGCUUUCAGAAGAGGACCGUGAGCUCCCCCAGAUUCAAAACAUCCUUCCUCUCUUGGAGAAGGGUAUCGGUGUCCAUCACUCUGGUCUGCUUCCCAUCCUGAAGGAGACUAUCGAAAUUUUGUUCCAAGAGGGUCUUAUCAAAGUGCUGUUUGCGACCGAGACCUUCUCCAUUGGCUUGAACAUGCCUGCAAAGACUGUCGUUUUCACACAGGUCAACAAGUGGGACGGUGUUCAACGCCGACCUUUGACGUCGUCCGAGUACAUUCAGAUGGCUGGUCGUGCAGGACGAAGAGGUCUCGAUGAACGUGGUAUUGUCAUCAUGAUGAUUGAUGACAAGCUAGAACCGGAUACUGCAAGGGAAAUUGUCAUCGGCCAGCAGGAUCGCCUCAAUUCCGCUUUCCAUCUCGGAUACAACAUGGUUCUCAACCUCCUCAGAAUUGAAGCCAUCUCUCCUGAAUUCAUGCUGGAGAGCUGCUUCUACCAGUUCCAGAACAGUGCCAGUGUUGCUGGUUUAGAGCAAGAUCUCAUGAAGCUCCAGAAGGAGCGAGACGGCAUGGCUAUUCCGGAUGAGGCUACCAUCAAGGACUACCACGGCCUUCGCCAGCAAAUCGAGGCAUAUACCAAAGAUAUGGUUCAUGUCAUCCAGCACCCGAAUUACUGCCUAGAGUAUCUGCAGCCUGGUAGACUCGUCCAGGUCCAGAACCCCAAAACUGGCCAAGAUUUUGGUUGGGGUGUAGUUGUCGACUUCACUCCGCGCAAAGCCCCCAAGUUUGGCGAGAAGGAGUUCAUUCCUCAAGAAUCAUAUCUUGUUGACGUCUUCCUUCACUUGGACCCGUCGGGCGAACAGUUCACACCGCGUGUCCCCCCUCCGGGCGAGAUGCCCAACGGUAUACGCCCUCGUGACACUGCUGAGCAAUCUCUAUUCGAAGCUGUGCCCUGCCUGCUCACCUGUGUGAAGGCAAUCAGCCAAAUCCGAGUGUUUAUGCCCAAGGAGGUCAAGAGCCUUGAAGACAUUGAGGAAGUCCGUAACACGCUCCGCAAAUCUCUGGCUGAGGUGCUCCGCCGUUUCCCCGACGGCGUACCCAUCCUAGACCCAAUCGAGAACAUGGGCAUCACCGAUGACUCGUUCAAGAAGCUUAUGCGCAAGAUUGAGGUUCUUGAGUCCCGCUUGCUUGCCAAUCCUCUGCAUGGUUCGCCCUUGCUUCCAGGCCUUUGGGAACAGUACUCGACAAAGCUUGCCCUGACCGAAAAGAUCAAGAGCACUAAGAAACAGAUCGGCAAGGCACACAGUAUUGCACAGCUAGACGAGCUCAAGUCAAGGAAGAGAGUCCUUCGUCGCCUUGGUUUCAUCAAUGAUGCUGAAGUUGUCGAGAUGAAGGCGCGUGUUGCUUGUGAGAUCUCCUCUACCGAGGGCCACGAGUUGCUAUUGUCUGAGCUCCUUUUCAACCGUUUCUUCAACGAGUUGUCCCCUGAACUGUGUGCCGCAAUUCUCAGUGUGUUCAUAUUUGAGGAGAAGGUGGAGGCUGCCACCUUGAAGGACGAGCUCCAGAAGCCGUUCUCUCAGGUCCAAGCCCAGGCUAGAAUCAUUGCCAAGGUCAGCCAGGAAAGCAAACUUGAUGUCAACGAGGAAGAGUAUGUCCAGUCUCUGAAGUGGCAGCUUAUGGAGACAGUCUAUGCUUGGGCGAAUGGAAAGCCUUUUGCUGAAGUUUGUAAGAUGACAAACGCCUACGAGGGCUCACUCAUCCGUCUGUUCCGUCGCCUUGAAGAGCUUUUGCGCCAGAUGGCGCAGGCUGGUAAGGUAAUGGGCAGCGAGGAGCUGACGACCAAGUUCGAGGAGAGUCUGGCUAAGAUCAGACGUGACAUUGUCGCUGCACAGAGUUUGUACCUCUAG